CAGCUGUUGAAAUGUCUUUCUCCUCCGCUGCGGUCACAGCCAGCCAAAGCAGCGAGAGAGUGGAGUGUGUGUGGCAGUCGAAUCUGGGACUAGCAGCAACUCUGUUGUCUUCAGGCAGUUAUUUUUUGGUUUGGUCCAGGACCAACAUAUAGGAUCAACUGGAGAAGGGAGACGAAGAAGCAGUGAACGGACUGUUUUUUUUCUCUCCUUCUCGCUCUCCCUCUUUUUAUAUCCCGGUGGAUCUACUCUGGGAUUUCUAAACGAGGCGAGGAAGUAGACAUGCGUUUUGACUGGCGUUUCUAUUCCAGGUUCUGUCAGAUUCACUGACUGAGUACAAGGGGACACAAUAAGUGAGAAGCUGAGCUCGAUCAGAGGAGCGUAGGAAGCAGGCAUGAGCGCAGGAGGCCAUCACGCCGUGGUGACCACCCCUCCUACGCCCAGCGGCGGUGGAGGACCCGGUGGUCCUAAGGAAAGAUACUUUGACCGCAUCGACCCCAACGACCCCGAGUACCUGAGAGAGAGGAACAUGUCACCUGACCUCAGACAGGACUUCAAUAUGAUGGAACAGAAGAAGAGAGUCACACAGAUACUACAGAGUCCUGCCUUUAAGGAUGAGUUGGAGGGGCUGAUUGAGGAGCAGAAGAAGAAAGGCAACAACCCCACUGGUCUCCUGGCCCUCCGACAGAUCGCUGACUUCUUCAUGUCUUCAUCCGUGGCUGGCUUCAGCACCUCACCCCUAAGCCUUGGAAUGGUCACUCCCAUCAACGACAUGUAUGGAGUGGAGUCUACCACUCUGGUGAAGGGGGAGAAGCAGACACGCUGCAAGCUGGCCAGCCUCUACAGACUGGUGGACCUGUUCAGCUGGGCACACUUUGCCAGCUCCUACAUCACAGUCCGAGUCAGCAAAGAGCAGGACCACAUCCUCAUCAUCCCCAGAGGACUGUCAUUCGCUGAGGCGUCCGCAUCCAACCUGGUAAAGCUGAACAUCAUCGGGGAUGUGAUUGACCAGGGCUCCACCAACCUCAGGGUUGACCCGUCAGGCUUCAGCCCCCACGCUGCCAUCUACUCCAUCAGGCCAGAUGCUCGCUGCUGCGUCCACGUGCACACUCCUGCCACCGCCGCCGUGUCGUCUAUGAAGUGUGGCAUCCUGCCCAUCUCUCAGGAAGCCUUGAUCCUGGGUGACAUCGCAUACUACAACUACCAGGGUAGCCUUGACGACCAGGAGGAACGCCUGGCGCUGCAGAAGGCCCUCGGACCCUCAGCCAAGGUGCUGGUGCUGAGGAGCCAUGGAGUGGUGGCUCUGGGGGAAACCAUCGAAGAGGCCUUUCAUUACAUCUACAACGCUCAGUAUGCCUGUGAGAUCCAGGUGAAUGCGGUCUCGUGUGCUGGCAGCGUAGACAACCUGAUUGUGUUAGAUGCUGAGAAGUAUAAGUCUCGGACCCAUGCGGUGGCAGAUGCAGGGUCUGUCAACAUGGGAAGCCCACACAAGUGGAAGGUGGGAGAGCUGGAGUUUGAAUCUCUCAUGAGGAUGCUGGAUAACCUGGGCUACCGGACUGGCUACGCUUACCGCCACCCCAUCGUUCGGGAGAAGCCUCGGCACAAGUCCGACGUGGAGAUCCCGGCCACGGUGACGGCGUUCAUGUUGGAGGAGGAGGAGGGCGCCGCGCGGCUGCCGUUGAACUUCCUCCAGCAGAGACAGGCCAGGGAGAAGACACGCUGGCUCAACAGCCCCAACAGUUAUAUGAAGGUUAACGUGGCGGCCGUGGACGAACGCACCAGGACCAUGUGGAUGAAGUCUGAGGAAGGGGGCAACAGCAGCGGCACUCCAAUCCGGAUCGAAGACCCCAAUCAGUUUGUCCCUAUGAACACCAACCCUAGCGAGGUGCUGGAGAGGAGAAACCGAAUCAGAGAGCAGAACAGAUUCGACAUGAUGACGUCCGGACCUCGCUCUCACCACCUGGCAGGCAUCCCAUUGGACGAACCUCGAAUGGAUCAGCCGGUCCGUGUGAAGCCCUAUGUGGCAUCCGAGGAUGACCAGAUGGUUCCUCUACCUCCUAACCCCUUCAGUCAGCUGUCUGAGAAAGAGAUGGACGAAUACACGAUGAACGUAGAGAAGAGACAGCUGGGGCUGAGUGAUGACGAGCACGACCUAACCUCCAACGACGCUUCCACUCUCUCUCAGUCUCUGUCCCAAACUCAGUCCCCGCAAAUAACUCCAGCUAAAGAAGAGAACCACACGAUGCAGAACGGCAAGGAUGGCGGCGACCAUGAGGUGAACGACGAGCUGAGCAAAAGGGUCAGUCAGCUGACCACCAGCGUGGAGAGCAUUGAGGUCAAGGUCCGCACCGGCGAGAAGAUCGAAGACUCCGCCCUCUCCCCCGAGAGCUCGCCCUCCAAGUCCCCCAACAAGAAGAAGAAGAAGUUCCGCACUCCCUCCUUCCUCAAGAAGAACAAAAAAAAAGAGAAAAUGGAGGCCUAGAGAAAGAGAGAUGGAGGGAGUGAUAUUACAGCCUAUAUACAGUUUAAGAAGAAAGAGGGGACCCCUCUUAUUUUUAUUUUUUUGUCUGUUUUCAUUUUAGUUUUGUUUUUGUCAGUGUCCUCUUGUCAUUUUUUUUAAAGAUUUUAUUUUGAUUGUAUUUUUUAACAAAUUGUUCUUUUAAGUUAAAUUUUUUUAGACUUGCGCGAAAAGUGAUGAAUUGAGUUGAGGAUUCUCUUCCUCUGCCUAGAAGUGAAGGCUCAUUGAUUUGGGAAGGCGAGGACUAAAAUGAUAAAGCUGCAACGACUGACUCCUCCCCCAUGUUCAAUAUUUACUGCCAUUGGCUGAUUGUUAUUUCUUCUCUGCCAUUGGCUAAUUGUUGAUUAUGGAAUUAGAAUCAGCCAAUCGUAUUCCUUGCUUCAUAACCUCCAGCCGACACUGGCGGGUCUAGAUAUGCAUCAGUGGUAUUAUUAAACUGCACAAUAUGGCGACUAGCUAGCGUACGGAAACGCUUUCCGCCCUUAUGGUAACCAUAACAACCACCAUGUUCUUUUCGCUUAGAUUUUCUCCUCAUAUGAGGUCUGCUUCUUCAAUACAUAGAGGACUGAAAUCAGAGAGGCCACAAAGAAAUAGUCAGACUGGAAAACUGGUUUUGAGAUCUUUCUUUCACUCUUGCUUCUUGUUUUCGCUUUCUCUCUCUGCCUCUCGCUUCGUUUUUCUCUUUCAUCCUUCUUUUUAUUGCUCCUCUUCCUCUCUCACCUUCUGUUAAAAGUGAAUCUAUCUUUACAUUACCUAGCUGUCUUCUCGUCGACCUCCGACCUUCAUCUGUUGUUCACCACUGAUUCACUAUAAACUCACCGUUUUUUUUAUUGUCCUCUCCUCUUAAUAAUUUCAUUUUUAUUUUGCCAAACUAAAAGGAAUAAAAAAAACAAUCACGUUUUAGUGAAGAAUCAUCAUUUCUAUACUUUUGAAUCUCAUUUCGAUCAUAAAAACAUGUCAUCUCAUUGAA